AUGAAAACAACUAAUCUAUUGGUGAAUUACCUAACUUUUCUAUACGAAAAUUUCUUUUUCAUAGGAAAAGGUCCAUGUGAUCGCAAAGCUGCAGUGAUCAAGGGAGAAACACGACGAUCUGUAAACGAAAAAAAUGACUGUUGCAACAGCGUUCAGUUUGUCAAUGCAGCCAAAUCUACCAAACAUCUUUCGAUUUUCGCUUGCAACGUUACCGACGUCAACAAGAAAAAAGUUACUUUACCAAAUAUCACGAAAUAUAAUAAUAUCGAAUUCGAAAUCUCACCUGUCACCCGUGCAAAGAAUUCUAUAUCAGCUAACAAUCAACCUGAAUUCGAACUUUCAAUGACAACUUGGAGAGCGUUUCAAGUCGGUGCUGGAAAAAAAGUUAAAUAUUCUAAUCUGAAAUCAACAGUCAAUACUAUUGAAACGCUCGAAGUGAUAUUUAAACAUUUAAAUAACAACUGGAAACUGGAAAAGAAACAGCACGACGAUGACAAUGACGACGACGAAGAAAAUCCGAAUAACAACACAUCGUCGGCGGAGAACGACAUGGAGGUUGAUCAGCUCUCUCUGCAACCUCGUCUGUUAUCCUCCGGUUUUUAUCUUUUCGACUGUCCCCAUCCAAAAUGCGUAAAACAAUUUCGCCGGUAUUUUAACCUUGACAAACAUCUAACGAUUGGAAAGCAUAUCUUCGCGCCAACAACAGUUCCGCUAAUCGAUAAAGCUAAAUUAUUUUACAAGGGAUUAAUCGAAAACGAUAGCAAUCGUGUAUCAUUCUCUUUGAAUCAAUUCAAUAGUCUAUUAUCGAAGACUACAUCAUCAACCUCGACUACACGAUUACAAGGUUGGGCCCUGCCGCAGAAAAAACCACCCACGCACUACAGUAUCGAUGUGGUAAACUUCUUAGAAAGUGCAUUCAAUGAAGGUGUGGUUACCGGAAAUAAAUGGGAUCCUGCUGCAUUAUCUCAGGAAAUGGUUUUUGCCAACUCAAACGGACAACCGCGAUUCAAUGAAAAUGAUUUCUUAUCUCCUGAACAGAUCAAAGCAUACUUUUCCAAACUGAAAGCAAAGCGAAGUAAAGAGUGUACUCAAUCUCAAUCACAGCCAUCGACACCACUCCCAAGCAGCUCCAGUAAUAGCGUAACCGAUAAAAAUACACCGGUCAAGGAAAGCAAAAAGAUUAUAAACGAUGACGACUCAGACGAAAAUGAAAUUUCAGAUGAACAAAUCGAAGAUUUUGAUUCGGCGGUGGAAAACAGUCACCUUGGUUAUAUAUGUUCAGUGACUGAGAGUAUUCUGCAAUCUGGAAGCAGUUCGUGA